AUGUCGUCGAGUUCGUCAAACGUUGUCGGUGUGCAUUACCGGGUCGGGAAGAAGAUCGGUGAAGGCUCCUUUGGCGUCAUCUUCGAAGGCACAAACCUCCUCAACAACCAGCAGGUCGCCAUCAAGUUUGAACCCCGGAAGAGUGAUGCCCCACAGCUUAGAGAUGAGUACCGGACAUACAAGAUACUCGUUGGGUGCCCCGGUAUCCCCAAUGUCUACUACUUUGGCCAGGAAGGUCUACACAACAUCCUUGUCAUUGACCUGCUUGGACCCAGUUUGGAAGACCUCUUCGAUCACUGUAACCGCAGAUUCUCCAUAAAGACAGUCGUCAUGGUUGCAAAGCAGAUGCUGUCGCGAGUACAAACUAUACAUGAGAAAAACCUCAUCUACCGUGAUAUCAAACCUGACAACUUUCUAAUUGGCCGGCCGAACUCAAAGGCCAGCAAUGUCAUACAUGUCGUUGACUUCGGCAUGGCUAAACAGUACCGAGAUCCCAAGACCAAACAGCACAUCCCCUACCGAGAGAGAAAAUCCCUAUCAGGUACUGCUCGGUACAUGAGUAUCAACACCCACUUGGGCAGAGAGCAGUCGCGUCGUGACGAUCUCGAAGCCCUCGGCCAUGUGUUCAUGUAUUUCCUACGUGGUGGUCUACCAUGGCAGGGACUCAAGGCUGCUACUAACAAGCAGAAGUACGAAAAGAUCGGAGAGAAGAAACAGACCACUGUCAUCAAGGAUCUUUGCGAAGGCUUCCCUGCUAACCAAACGUCGACAGAGGAGUUCACCAAAUACCUCACGUACGUCCGAAACCUCGGGUUCGAAGACACACCCGAUUACGAUUAUCUGCGUGACCUUUUCACCCAGGCUCUCAAGAAUACGGGAGAUGUAGAGGAUGGAGAGUACGACUGGAUGAAGCUUAAUGGAGGCAAGGGUUGGGAGGCGGCAAAGCCAUACUCAUCUCACCACCACCUGCACGGCGCCAAUGCUCUGCCUAACAGCUCUGCCCGUGACCUCCAUGGUUCUGCAGCCCCCCGAGCAUCCCAUCGGCCUGGUGUCACCGCUGACCGUUUAAACGCCGCGCAGCCCCCGCCCCCUUCUCCUGCAAAAGCCGGAGUUGGGAAAGCGCGAGAGCGGCCAAACGCCUCAGGCGUGCCGCAAGUCAAACGUCAAAACGGAGUGGCGGGGGGACUCGAGGCUACGACGCCUACAGCUUCGACACAAGCUCAAUUCCAAAACUCUAACGUACAUCUUCCCGGAAAUCGAGUCAACACCCCAGGGAACCAGGCCAUGACGAGUCAGGCACAACAACCGCGAAGGGCUCCAGAACCAGAGCCUACGUUCAUGCAGAAGAUAAUGAAGGCGUUGUGUUGUGGGAAAGUUCUCGUUACAACUAACCAUUGGUAUCUCGGGCCCUCUUCUCCACUCCAAAUCCGUUUUAUACCGGGUACAGAUGAUUCCUUUGCUGCUGCGAUGCUCGCCUUCCGAUCGUUACUUGUUCCUGCCAUGGCGCCUGCGCUCUUUUACCACUCGACAACUAUUUCUACUUUAUAUGCCGUCCCUCCGUGUCCCGCCUGUCUCUCUCUCUCUCACAUACACAUUGCUCCUGUUGAACCGCCGUUUUGA